AUGACUGACACGAUGGUGCCCGCCGGCGCGGAAGCCAGUGGCACAUGCACAGCCUUCAAUGCCGCGAAGGGCUUUGGCUUCAUCGACAUGGCUGGAGCGACCGUUUUUGUGCACAACUCCGAUUGUGAAGAAGGCAAGCAACCCAAAGUCGGAGACCUUUUGACCUUCACGGUCGAGCCAAGGAGAAAUAACCCGGAGCAGAUGUGCGCCAAGAACGUGAAGGGCUGCAGCGAGGACCGCCAGCCGGCCUGGGGCCCGGGCGGCGGCGGCGGCGCCUGGGCUGGACCAGUGGAGGGCACGGGGGCCCACACCGGCUCGGUGAAGAGCUUCGGGAGCAAGGGCUACGGCUUUAUCACCAUGGAUGACGGCGCUGAGAUGUUCUUCAACGUCCGGGAUUGCGUUGGCAGCAAGCCGAUCGCCGGCGACAAAGUGAAGUUCGACAUUUGCGACAGCGAAAGAAACCCCGGCCACAAGCAAGCGACAAACGUCACUGGCGGUAGCCAGCCGUUAGACGCUCCCCACGGUGUGGCCGGAGGUGGUGGCUAUGGUGCCAUGGGCGGUGCCUGGGGAGGUGAUUGGGGCUGGGGCGGUGGCAAGGGCAUGUGGGGUGGCGGCAAGGGCUGGGGCAUGAAAGGCGGCCUCAAGGGCGGCAUGAUGAUGGCAAACGGGCCAUACGGCAAAGGCGGCUACGGCAAAGGCUGGUAG